CGGCCCAAUCACUCACAAAAGUACGACACGUCGUAUAGCAUCGGGCUUCUUCUUCAACUCUGCUGCAUAAAUCAAAGUUCAAAACUUUACGUUCUGAGAAUCGUUCUGCGGAGAGAGAAUGGAGCAUUCGUACUCUGGAGGAGGAGGAGGAGGGGGAGGAAGCUGGAAUAUGAUUCCAAGCGUGCCGACUCACAGUAACCCCUCUACACCCUCGAGUCAGGACCAUAUGUACCUCCAUCAGCAGCAGCAGCAGCAGCAACAACAACAACAGUUUCAACAGCAACAACAGCGCCUUCUUCUUCAACAACAGCAACAGCAACAGCAACAGCAGCAGCAGCAGCAACAACAACAACAGCAGCAGCAGCAGCAUCACCAGUCACUCGCCUCACACUUCCAUCUCUUCCAUUUGGUGGAGAAAUUAGCUGACACCAUCGAGAAUGGCACUAGGGAUCAGCAAUCUGAAUCAUUGAUCAGUGAUUUGAACAAUCACUUUGAGAAGUGCCAGCAGCUGUUGAACUCCAUAUCCGGAUCAAUCAGCACCAAGGCUAUGACGGUUGAGGGACAGAAGCGAAAGCUGGAAGAAAGUGAACAAUUGUUGAAUCAGAGGAGGGACCUGAUUACCAAGUACAGACACUCUGUUGAAGACCUCCUCAAGUCUGAGCCGUAGCUGUUUGCAGAUUGUCUUGUUGCUGUUGAGCUAUUCACAGACUAGUGAAAUUCUAGAGGAAGACAGGUCCUUGGACAGCUGGAUUGAGUCGACUGAUUAGAGAGGGCAGGCACUCUAAGCCUUGGACCUUAUUAUUUGUUUACCCCAAAAAAAAUCAUUAAAAAAAGAGAGCAUUAUAUUAGUUACCCGUUGGGAAGAGUCUGAAACUGAAACAUGUAAUAGGAUCUUGGAUAUUCUGUAAUCAUGACAAUGUCUUUUCCCCUGUUGAUAAUCAUCAUUAAACCCUCCUUCAAGAAUUGAAAAUUAUAUAGAAGAAUUUAGAUUUCCAUCA